UUUUUUAAAACGUUUAUUUUAUCAGGGAGUAGACCAAGGUCUCUUUUACAGAUGAGCCCUUAACUACAUAAAAUAGAGACAUCAAAGUAUAAAUAUAAAUGCCAGCAGAAAGAAAACACGAUAAUAAAAAACAAACACAUCGAUCAGUAAUAAGGUCCUCAAUCAGCUUUCUGAAUUGCUAGAGGCACCAGAACAUCAAAUGUGAUAACUUUUUAAAAAGAUUGUUCCACAAAUAAGGUGCAAGACCAAAGGAAUUUCAAGAGUUGGCUAUCCCUGAUACCAGAUGUGGUAACUCGUAUGUCUAAAGUUUAGUAAUGAUGUUAGGUACCGUGGAACUGGUACAGGGAUCUAUAUAUGAAAACAGAAAUGUACCAACCUACGUGACAUCAGAGGCCAACCAACUUUCUGUUAGAAAAUGCAGUGAUGAGUCCUACAAUUACCGCCUUUAUAAAUAUUGUAAACAUAUUUAGCAUUGCUAUUAAAAUGUAAUUGAUCAUUAUGAAAAUGGAUGACGUCCGAGUUUCCGAUUAGUAAUUCCAAAUUGGAUGAUCGUUCAAAAAAAAUGAUCCCAGUCCGAGCUCAUUUUCCCCCCACCGAGUUGUCAUGAACGCACCAUUAUGGCGUACAUAAAUGGCUCUGCUUUUGAGGAAUUAAACGUUCCAUUUUGACACAAAUUGAUGUCAUAGAAACAAACUUCAUACGUAAUUGCCCACGUUGAUGAUUAAAUAUUGAAUGUUAGUAACAUUGACCCCAUGUGUAUCUUUGAUAUUCAACUAUGAACGGAGUUCAACAUGGUGUCGAUAAUGGUGUAAUAAUUUAGGUCUGACUAGCCAUGGAUGACUCACUGGUGCUGAAGAAACGGGGAUAUACACUGGGCAUCAGUUUAGGCGAGGGGUCAUACGCCAAAGUAAAAUCCGCGUAUUCUGAGCGUCUGAAGACCAAUGUUGCUAUCAAAAUUAUUAACAGAAGAAAGGCGCCGGCGGAUUUUUUGGAUAAGUUCUUACCCCGGGAACUGGAGAUCCUUGCAUCCCUAAAUCACCGAAACAUCGUCAAGACCUUCGAGAUAUUCGAGACUUCAGAAGGGAAGGUGUACAUGAUUAUGGAGCUUGGUGUGCAAGGGGACCUACUAGAGUUCAUCAAAUUCAGGGGUGCUUUGCCCGAGGAUUUCACCAGAAAACUGUUCAAACAACUGUCACUUGCAAUACAAUUUGCACACGACCUAGAUGUUGUUCACAGGGACCUGAAAUGUGAAAACCUGCUAUUGGACAAAGACUUCAACCUCAAAGUGUCGGAUUUUGGAUUUGCCAGGAGGAUCAAUUAUGAUGAUGCUGGACAAAUGAUUCUCAGCAAAACAUUCUGUGGCUCUGCAGCCUAUGCAGCACCAGAGGUAUUACAGGGGCUCCCAUACAAUGCCAAAGUGUAUGACGUUUGGAGUAUGGGGGUCGUUCUAUUCAUCAUGCUCUGUGGGUCUAUGCCAUAUGAUGACUCCAAUAUUAAGAAGAUGCUGAAGAUUCAGAAAGAGCAUCGCGUUGACUUCCCACGCAGCAAAACUGUCCCUACGGAGUGCAAAGACCUGAUGUAUCGCAUGCUUAAUCCAGAUGUAGCCCAGAGGAUAGAGAUCGAUGAUAUCCUUGAACAUGUAUGGGUGCAGUCAAAAUCCAAAUCACAUGAUGGUUCUAAGAGACGAGAAGAUGGACCUUCAUCUGAAGCUGCUUGCUCCAAAAAAGAAAGGAAGGGUGAAAGUAGUAAGCAUCCUCAUGGCAAUGAGAACAAGAAAGGGGAAAAAGUGGAGGUUGAGGCAGAAUUGGGCCCUAAACUUUCUGUGGAGGGCAAAAAGGCAGCUGAACCAUCUAAGCACACCAAGAAAGAAUCAUCCCCAGAUGCAAGGAAUGACAUCCCUGCUGAUUCAUGUUGAAGUGCUGGAUUUUUUCCCACCAAAUUAGUUACAAAUAAAUGAAGCAUACAUCUUUGUUAAGAUUAACCAUAUAGACUUAGUUACAUUUCUUCAGAUGUUGAGUCUGCUAUGAUAAAAGGUGAGUGUCAACAUUUCAGGUUUACAAACAAAUCACUCGAAGGCAUUUUUUAGGUUGAAAACUGAAAUAUUAUAUUGCAGUAAGAGGCAUACAAAAGAGGCUUACAUGAACAUUAUAUUUACAAAAAUCAAUGAAGCCUCAUCGUAACAUUCACUAAAAUUCUAAUCAUUUUAGUCUAUGUACAAUUAUGGGAUCUCUCUGGAACCCACAGAUUUCAGUAAUCCAGUCUUGGAAGGUUUCAAACACAGUACAUGCUAUGCCUUUCUUUCCAACACCCUAAGAACAGUAAUGACCUGAGCUUUGCAACUAUCCUUGAAUUCAGAGUUUACAUUUCGACUCUUUGUCCUUUGUGCACAGACUGUUCCAGUCAUAAAAGUCCAUAAAAUCCAGAGGGAGGGCAUGGGUUGGGGUAGAGAGAAACACCCCAUGGCCAGUAAUUUGCUUGAGUUCACUUCCUCAAGAUAACUGUUCUUUCUCGAUUUUGCUUUACCACGGUCAGAAGAAGUCAGAGGCUUUCCUCCUCUUGGGGAGCUGCAGUAGGUCGUCUGUGAUGGACGCUGGGUCCUGGGAGGCGGGGGUCCUGGCUUUGCUUGGUGUCGGAGUGCCUGAGGGAGUGACUGGACCACCCAGGGGGGUUUUGGACCCUGCUCCUCUGUGUGUGGGAGAUGGUGUGUAGCUUGCCCUUAGAGCUUUAUCUGUGUAUUUGCUGGA